GCGCAGGCGUGGAGUCAGGGAGCCUAUCUGGCGCAGACAGAGCUUUACUGUACAUGGUCACUGAUACCGCUGUGAAUGGAUGUAGUCUAAGUCAGAAUGGCGAAGACAGCACAUAUAACACAUCGAGUUAUAUCUGCUUGACAUCAUCUUCAGGCAUCAUCGGGAUUUUUCUUUGCAUCUUUAAUAAAAGACGCUCCUCAUUCAGCCGCAUCUCGCCUUGACAGCUCGCACCGAUGCUUUUCAUUUGACACAAAGCAGACGGGCGGCUUUCACCUAAUAAAACAGUCGGGAAGGAAAAGCGGCUCAUUAUGACCUUAGUAUCCGCAAGUAAAAGGAAACCACCGGAUUGCUUUUACGCGGCAGCGCUCUGCUUGCAUCUCUUGCUUUGGAUUUCGGUGUCCGGAGAAGAGCAGCAUCAGUUCAGCGUUGAGGGAUGGCUACAGAGGUAUGGAUAUCUUCCCCACACAGAACCAGGAAUGUCUGUCCUGCGCUCGGCCAAAACCAUGCAGUCAGCCAUUGCUGCCAUGCAGCGCAUCUAUGGUCUCAAUGUCACAGGGACGCUGGAUGAGACAACCAAGGAUGAUAUCACUCUAAGAUGGAUGCAAAAGCCACGCUGUGGGGUUCCAGAUAAAAUCAAAAGUGCCACAAGGUCACGGAGGAGGAGAUACGCACUGACGGGGCAGAAGUGGCAGCGGACCCACAUAACCUACAGCAUAAAAAACAUCACACCAAAGGUGGGUGCCCGAGAGACUCAUGAUGCCAUACGGAGGGCAUUUGAUGUGUGGCAGGGUGUGACUCCUCUGCGUUUCGAGGCCGUUCCGUACAGCGCCCUGGAGACGGGCAGACGUGAUGUGGACAUCACCAUUAUCUUCGCCUCUGGCUUUCAUGGUGACAGCUCGCCCUUCGAUGGGGAGGGUGGAUUCCUCGCCCAUGCCUAUUUUCCUGGGCCUGGCAUAGGAGGGGACACCCACUUUGACUCAGAUGAGCCUUGGACCCUUGGAAACCCCAACCAUGAUGGCAAUGACCUGUUCUUGGUUGCGGUGCAUGAACUUGGCCACGCACUCGGUCUGGAGCACUCAAAUGACCCCACUGCUAUCAUGGCUCCCUUCUACCAGUAUAUGGACACUGAGAACUUCAAGCUACCUCAAGAUGACCUGCAGGGCAUCCAGAAAAUAUAUGGACCACCAGAUAAAGCUCCUCAGCCCACCAGCCCUCCACCUACAGCUCCGCCUCCUCGUUUCCACCUGCCCUCAGACCCCCGGAGACACGACCGCCAUGCCAGACCCCAUCGCCCUCCUCAGGGCUCCAAACCGUCUAACCCCAACUCCAAACCGAACAUCUGCGAUGGAGGCUUCAACACUCUGGCCAUCCUCCGACAGGAGCUUUUUGUCUUUAAGGACCAAUGGUUCUGGCGAGUACGGGACAAUUCAGUGGUCCCAGGUUAUCCCAUGCCGAUCAACCACUUCUGGCAAGGCUUGCCCCCUAAAAUCGAUGCUGUGUAUGAAAACAGUGAGGGGAAGUUUGUCUUUUUUAAAGGAAACCGUUUCUGGGUGUUCAAGGAUCGGCAUCUUCAGCCUUCCUACCCUCAGGAUAUCUCUUUGUUUGGGAGCGGCAUGCCAACACAGAGUAUCGAGACGGCUGUCUGGUGGGAAGAUGUGGCCAAGACAUACUUUUUCAAAGGAGACAGAUACUGGAGGUACAAUGAAGAAAUGAGGACAAUGGAUCCAGGAUACCCAAAACCUAUCACCAUCUGGAAGGGCAUCCCUGACUCUCCACAGGGAGCUUUUGUUGAUAAAGCAAAUGGUUUCACUUACUUCUACAAAGGAAAGGAAUAUUGGAAAUUUAACAACCAGCUUCUCCGUGUGGAGCCUGGCUACCCUAGAUCUAUCCUGAGGGACUUCAUGGGCUGCGACGGCCUUCCAGCCGACCCUGACUGGGGCUGGAAUCCUCCUGCGGCUGAUGAACGGCACUGCGACAACAACGACGUGGAUGUCGUAAUCAAACUGGACAGUGUAGGGGGUACAGAGAAGGCUGUGGCCAUUGCUAUUCCCUGCGUCCUGGCCCUAUGCAUGAUGGUCCUUCUCUACACUGUUUUCCAGUUCAGGAGAAAGAGCACGCAGCGGCACAUACUGUACUGCAAGCGCUCCAUGCAGGAGUGGGUCUAAAGGGACUAUUGCUGUAUAGAGACAUGUGUGGAGCUCUCACAGAGGCCUAGUUGUUGCCUAAAGCCCUAUAAUUAAAACUGUAAAGAAAUACAGUACAAGGGUUGCAGCAUUUUGGCAGAUCUCAGAACCCCUGGAACUUGACAUGUGAGCUGCAAGGGAGGAAAACUAUCAGCUGACCUCAGUCGAAGACAGUGGCCGAGCUUAAUCUUCUUUGUCCUACUAAUCUGUAUGUAUCUGCUUUGAUUUUUCUUUAGAGACAGAAACAAUGUUCCGAAAGUGGGAUCUUUGUUAAUCCCUAUCUCUGCACGCUGCUUAAAAAGCCCCUAGCACUAACUUCAGAGGACAAAUUAAAUCUAGGCUUCUACUCUUCUUAAAUCAAUCGUCCUGGGUUCUUUAUUUUUUUCUUUAGUCUAGGAGACAAAAUUUAUCGUGAGGAGAUCAGAAUAUUAUAUAUAAACCAAAUAUGACCUUUUCUUCCAAAGAGGAAUACAACUUGAUGUUGUUACAAUCGGAUAUUCUUCCUCUGUGGAUCUAAUGUUAUGGAUUUUCUUUCGCUGUUACCAUUCACACUUACUCAUCCUCUCUGUAAGGACAACAAGAAGGAGCAGAAGAAACUCAUGACUGGUGUGGCAGUCUGUCUUCUCAACAAGGCCAAAAUAAUGAAAAACAAAAAAAAACAAAAACCACUCUGCAAUAUCAAUGAGACUGCCUUAAUCACAGAUUGCUUCAAUCCUUUCUCCUUCUGUUUCACCGGUGUGGAGGA